CUUUCUGAAGUGAUACAAACAAACGCACCGACCUCAGAGCGGCUCCAGCGCGCGGUCGUCCUGGCAGCGCUGAAUUACUCUUCAGUGUCCUCACCUGAGCAGACUGCCCACCUCCUCCUCAUCCUCAACACACAGAGGCAAACUGGCACACAAUACCAUGUGGAGGAUGUAUCACAGAGAAGGAUAAAAGUGCCUUUUUGCCAUCAAGGAAAUUCUCUGAAACAUCUCUUUCCCUCCAAACAAGAACGACCAGUUCCACCGGAUACUUUGGCUCUCAUACAGAGACCAACCAUUGAUUCUCUAGGUGGGCCUCGAGAGGCAGUGGAAUAUAAUAGCCAUGGCACACUGUAAUUUGCGAUCAGAAUCCCCCUCUCCUCAUGAUGAUGUCAACUUGGGACCUUCAGCAAACCCACAUGCCAGACCCACUGACUUUGACUUCUUGGCUGUCAUUGGUAAAGGGACCUUUGGAAAGGUUCUGCUUGCUAAGCUCAAAGCCGACAACAAGUUCUACGCAGUUAAAGUACUGCAGAAGAAAAUCAUCCUAAAGAAAAAAGAGCAAAAAAACAUCAUGGCAGAGAGAAAUGUUCUGCUGAAAAGUCUGAAACACCCAUUUUUGGUUCGGCUCCAUUAUUCCUUUCAGACCUCAGAGAAGCUCUACUUUGUCCUCGACUAUGUGAAUGGGGGAGAGUUGUUCUUCCACCUUCAGAGAGAGAGGUGUUUUUCAGAGCCCAGGGCGAGGUUCUACAUAUCUGAAGUAGCAAGUGCUAUCGGCUAUCUUCACUCUCUCAACAUCGUCUACAGAGAUCUGAAGCCAGAGAAUAUUCUUUUAGACUCUCAGGGCCACGUGGUACUGACAGAUUUUGGUUUGUGCAAAGAGGGUGUAGAACCUGAGGGAACCACCUCAACUUUCUGUGGCACUCCAGAAUACUUGGCGCCAGAGAUUCUCCGUAAGGAACCAUACGACAGGACAGUGGACUGGUGGUGUCUGGGAGCAGUUCUUUAUGAGAUGAUCUACAGCCUGCCUCCUUUCUACAGUCGUGACGUUAGUGAAAUGUACGAUGGGAUCCUCCACAAGCCACUGCCGCUGCCUUCAGGGACUUCUGAGACCGUCUGCUCUCUGCUAGUAGGUCUUCUGCAGAAAGACCCGCACCGACGCCUUGGGGCCAUCGCUGACUUUUUAGAAAUCAAGAACCACCCUUUUUUUUUACCAAUCAACUGGGAUGACCUUUACCACAAGAGAAUCAUUCCUCCUUACAACCCAAAUGUGAGAGGCCCAGCUGACACUCAGCAUAUUGAUCCAGAGUUCACCAGGGAAAUGGUUCCUAACUCUGUGAGUCGGACCCCAGAGUUUAACGCCAGCACCAGCUCCAACAACGCCUUCAAUGGGUUCUCCUUUGUCGCUAGUGAGGAUAGUUUCCUGUGAGGCACAAAGAUUUUAACUAUUAGGUGUCUUAAAAUGAAUGUUGUUGACAUAGGAAACUAUUUCUCUUUUAAGUUAGGAUUUCCCAACUUAAACAACUUAAAACUGCUCCUUGUGUGAAACUGCCAGAAUCCUUCAUGGCACGGUGCAGAGAUGGAGUGUUAAAGUUGUCAAAUAUCGAACAAAACACAAGUUCUGGAUGCUGAUAAAAGAGUUGUUCAUUUUAAUUAUUCUAUAAAGACACCUUACCACAUGGUGCCUCCUUUUAUUGAAACAUAAAAAACAAAAUUGUCUUUCCAUCUAAGUCUAAACUCAGCUCUAUCGCUCUUUUUUGACAUCAGAUGUUAAUACAUACUUGUGUCAGACUUGCAAUUGUUAAAGACAAACCAUUAAAAAGACAAUGACAGCCUCUUCUAAAUCUUAUCAAUUUAUGUACUUUACUACACUGUAAUAUUUUAUAUGUAAGUGGAUAAUUUACACUUUGGCACUGGGGCAAAAUCAUGUAAAAGUGGUUGCUUAUAGCUACUGUUAUUAAAUACAAAAAGUACAUAGAGUUUAUUUUUUUAACUAUAUGAAGCAAGAUCAGACCGAUCUUCCUGCUGCAAAUGGCCGACACUCCACAGUGAAACAAUUUUCAGCGUGUUUUUCUUCUUCCUUAAAAGCUGAAAUAAAAUUCAAAUUCAUGAACAAGGUAAAAAUAUUAAUAUGAACAAUUAAAAAUUUAUUGUGUCAAAUUUUUCCAAGGAUGCACUGAUGUUCAAAAAUACUCCACAUAGCCGCCAUCUACACUGCAGUGUGAACAUUAUACAUGUUUAUGUUGUGGAAUAGAGCUUGUUUUUUCUGUACUGUAACUGGGGAAAGUUCAGAGAAAUCUCUACACACAAUUAUUGAAGUCUGUAUAUAGCAAAUCAUUUCAUUAGUUUGUGUAACAGGAUAGAAGAGCUCAUGUAGCCAACAUUUGUAAAUACAAAGUGGCUGCUUUGCCAAGUAUUUAUUACUGUGCUAAUGUGAUCAUAUCAGCGUAAAACCAUGACAUGCCUUAAACAAAGCUAGUAAUGUAUUGUGCUACGUGUUGCCAGUCAUUGAUGCAGUUAAAAAUGUUUAUUUUUGUUAUCUCAAUCAUAUAUUAAUGUAAAGUUUUGUUUCUGCAUCUGAUAUUAAAGAACAUAUUC